UGCUGGUGAACUGGUGUGCCGGCUCGGCGAGAACUGAAUUGGACGGGUUAAAAGGUGUAUUAAAAAACCGCUUCAAGCUAAACGAUCACCGUUAAAACCUGCGCUCUGGUUUCCGCCGAAUCUGCGUGAAAUAUGGAGGAAGAAACGGAGAUCUCGGUGAAAAGAGAGAACCAGGACACGAAGGAUGAAAAUACGGACAGCGGUGUGAAAUAUUACACACGCGAGGAGGUUCAAGCCCAUAACAUGAGCAAAGACACAUGGCUCAUAAUCCACGAUAAAGUUUACGAUAUCACAAGUUUCAUGGAGGAGCAUCCAGGAGGUGAAGAGGUUCUGCUAGAGCAAGCAGGUGCAGAUGCAACAGAAAGCUUUGAGGAUGUGGGUCAUUCCACAGAUGCCAGAGAGAUGCUCCAGCAGUAUUACAUCGGCGAACUACAUAUGGAUGAUCGAAAGAAAGAAUCAAAAAAGGAAGUUUACAUCACCACUUCCAAAGACUCCAGGUCAUGGACCACCUGGUUGAUUCCCGCCGUAGCUGCUGUACUCGUGGGCGUCAUGUACCGUUACUACAUGUUGGAGCACAAAUCCUCCUGAACACUUUGUCACGAUAUAUAUUUCUCUUGUCUGGAGGCCUUGACUUGUUUGAGUGAGUGAGUCCGCAAGAUCACUCUCUAAACUCCUGCUCAUCCUCUCUUCUUUAGUUUCCACUCAACUAGCUAUUUGGAAAAGGUCCAAAGCCCAUUGGUUCAUUUCAACUUUUUUUUUUUUCCUACUAGAAUUCACAGUCCUGUCUAACCAUUAUCUAAGCAUUAUCUUGAUCACGCUUUCUGUCAUCGGAUUGUCACACGUUUUUAGAAAUGUACUUGGAAAUGACUUCAACUCCUUUAAAUUAAUCUAGAGCAGGGAUCCUCAAAUCUGGCCCACGAGAUCCACUUUCCUGCAGAGUUUAGC